AUGUGUAUGAGAAAUCCAAAACAUAUAUAUAAUCCUAAACCUCACCCUGUCAUCAAAGACAUUGAAGUUAGCCCACCACCAUAUCAGCCAUACAUCAUGGACGAAAAAACUUACAUCCAAGACGAAAAAGCACAAUACGAACAAAGUAAGCCUUUGCUCUGUUACUCUGACUCCAAAGAACCUUUGCCAUUCCCAGUUACCCAAAAUGACAAACCUCACAAGAAGUCUAUUCGCAAACCAAUUGCCAUCGCCUUAGGCUCUGCCGCCGUCUUCCUUUUGUUCAUGGCCUCAUCUCAUAAAGGCUGUCAUGGUGCUCCUCCUCACGGUGCUCCUCCUCAUGGUGGUCCUCACGGUGCUCCUCCUCAUGGUGGUCCUCACGAUGCUCCUCCUUAUGGUGGUCCUCAUGGUGGUCCUUAUGGUGGUCCUCAUGGUGGUCCUCAUGGUGGUCCUCAUGGUGGUCCACCUAACAAAGGUUGUCAUGACGGUCCUCGUGGAGGUCCCCACGGCAAAGGCCAUCAAGAAAUGCCUCCAAUCUGUCAUGUUGUUGGUAGAGGUAAGGGUAAGGAUGACAGACCUGAAUGGUUACAGGAACUUAAGGACGCUGUCACAGCUGGCGACCUUGAAAAGGUCACUGAAAUUGAAACCCAACAUGAAACUGAACUUAUUGCCUUCAACUUGGGUAAAGCUGAAUUAGAAGGAGAUUCUUUGAUUCACACCGUCCAUAUGGCCUAUCAUGAAGGUCUAUUUGAUGUUGCUGAGCAAAUCAUUGCUGACCGCAAGGACUCCGAAGAAUGGGACAUGCCACAAUGGUUGAAGGAACUCUGGGGUGCUGAAUAUUCUAAAGAUUUUGAAAAGAUUGAAGAAAUCAGAAACGGUGAACAUUCUGCUGAAUUCAAGGCUUACAAUGAAGGUAUCAGACAUGAAUGUAAGAAGAUGGGACCUAAGGAACACAAGAAACAUGAUAAGGGUCAAGGUAAAGGACCAGGUCAUGAUGAUAUCAUAAUGGUUGAAAUGGGCCAACCUUACUUUUCUUCGAUUCUUUAA